CUCCUUCGCUGUGCGUGCGAGGGACGUCAGGGGCGGUGCCGCAGCAGUUACCCCUGGUAACGGGGGAGGCAGAAGGAGGAGGAGGCGGAGGCGGAGGAGGGACUCGGCUUGAGGAUGGGCUUGCUCUCUAUUUUGCGCAAACUGAAAAGUGCACCAGACCAGGAGGUGCGGAUCCUGCUCCUGGGCUUGGAUAAUGCUGGCAAGACAACUCUGCUGAAGCAGCUCGCAUCGGAGGACAUCAGCCACAUCACACCUACCCAGGGUUUUAACAUCAAAAGUGUACAGUCACAAGGUUUUAAACUGAAUGUAUGGGACAUUGGUGGACAGAGGAAAAUCAGGCCAUACUGGAGGAGUUAUUUUGAAAAUACGGAUAUUCUUAUCUAUGUAAUUGACAGUGCAGACAGAAAAAGAUUUGAAGAGACGGGUCAGGAGCUAACGGAAUUACUGGAGGAAGAAAAGCUAAGUUGUGUACCAGUGCUCAUCUUUGCUAACAAGCAGGACCUGCUGACAGCAGCCCCGGCCUCUGAAAUUGCAGAAGGGCUGAACCUCCACACCAUCCGGGACCGAGUCUGGCAGAUCCAGUCCUGCUCAGCUCUCACAGGCGAGGGCGUCCAGGACGGCAUGAACUGGGUCUGCAAAAACGUCAACGCGAAGAAGAAGUAGCAUGGGGACGGUGGAGCCGCAAGAGCCGCGGGAGCCGAAACGCCCUGGAAAGCACUGGUUUGCUGUUUCCUGACCCAAUGCUUUUUCAUCUGUGCACAGGCACCGCUGUGUGCGGAGGGGACAACAGCUUCAGAAGAGCCCUCUCCAGCCGUAGAUUUUAACUGAUCUCCAAGGUUCAGUAUCGUUUUUCAAAUAAAGGAAUUAUAUUAUUUCCUCUGCAUAAUUGAAAUAGUA